AUGAUCGCUCCCCUCAAUUCCACCUCGACACCCGCCGUCACCAUUCGUAUCCGACCCCUUUUCGACACCCGAACAGAGCGACCCAUGAAAAUCGAGAUCGUCCUCGACCCGUCACGGCCUGCGCCUCCGGCGUCGCUCGCUGCUCGCGUCGCGCCUGCACCUGCUGCUGCGGCACCUGCCGACGGUGCUAGGGGCGGCGGACGGCCCAGGCGUGGCCGUGGUGGUGGUGGUGGUGGUGGUGGUGGUGGCGGCGGCCGGCGCAAGAACGAGAGGCCGAACAAGAGUGUAGCGGACCUGGACGCGGAGAUGGAGGAUUACACCGCCAGCAACGCCCCUGCCGCUUAG